GUGGUGUUGGGGAGGGUGUCGGGGCGCUGCUGGGCAGGGGGCGGAGGGAGACGGCGCGGCUACUCGGGGCGUUACGGUAGAGCCGCGGCGGGGAGCGCGGCCGGGCCCGGCAAUGGAGCGAAGCGCGGGGCAGCGGCUGCUGGCGGCGGCAUGGAGGAGCCUGUGGGAGCGCGGCCCCAGGCCCAGCGGCUGCAGUGGGGUCCCGGCGAUCCCAGCCCGGCUCUCCCCUUGCCCUGCAAACAGAGGAGGAAUGGCCGACUCCAGAGCGGGGAGCAGGAGCCAAGGAUCCCGGUCCUUCUCGCUGUCCGCUACUGCCAGAGCUGUUCUGGGAAUGGGCCGGUGGGGAGGAGAUGGUGGGAAGCAAAAGCUUUCCCUGCGGGAUGUGGCAGAGCUAAUUCGGAAGAAGGAGUGUCGCCGAGUGGUGGUGAUGGCUGGCGCAGGGAUCAGCACGCCCAGCGGCAUCCCAGAUUUCAGGUCCCCGGGGAGCGGCCUCUACAGCAACCUGGAGCAGUAUGACAUCCCCUACCCCGAGGCCAUCUUUGAGCUGGCCUAUUUCUUCUCUAACCCCAAGCCCUUCUUCACCUUGGCCAAGGAGCUCUACCCCGGCAACUACAGACCCAACUACGCCCACUACUUCCUGAGGCUCCUGCACGAGAAGGGGCUGCUCCUGCGCCUCUACACCCAGAACAUUGACGGACUGGAGAGGGCUGGAUGCGAAAGGCCAGUAGCAGAGCUGGCUCCCAGUGGCCAGAGAGCAACAGGCACCUGGAGGAGGAGCCGGUGUGGUGCCCAGCAUGGACCAGGACAGGGAGCUGUGGAAGAGGCCAACAGCUCUGCAGCAGCAAAUCCACACAGGACUGGAGCACUGGGGAGAGGGUGCUCAUGGCUCAUCCUGGAAGCGGAGUCGAGGCCGGCACCCACAAGAGACAGGAGGACAAAGGGAUCGGUGCCCAAAUGCCAAGCUGCAAACUGGUUCUGCACACAAAGGUUUUCUUAACAGAGACUUCAGUUCAAGCUGCUGCGGGAGCCCCCGAGCGCCAUUCUUUCCUUGUGCCAGUGCACUGGAGGAGCUGUGCAUGCACAGCUGUCUCUUGGACCCCUCUCCUGGACCCUCGGAGGGCCUGGAUCGCAAGGAGCUGGAGCUGGAAAAGCCACACUGGUCAGGCCUUAGGGCAGGACAGUCUGGAGCCAGUUUUCCAGCUCCCCCACCAACGCCUCUCCCAGCUCCUCCUCAGCCACUCUGCUCCUGGUCACGAUCAGAGUGAUUAUUUCUCAGGUGAAAUUGCUGCUGAUUGAGGGGUGAAAGCUGUCCUGGGGGACUGCCCCCCGUCCUGUUCAGGAACCUUUCAGGGGGAACUGCCCUCUAUUCCCAUUCAGGAACCCCUGGCAGGGGAAACUGCACCCUGUUCCCAUUCUAGAAUGCCAGCUUGAGCUGCUGGAAGGUUUUUCAAUCAGUCCAGUGCUAAUAAUUUUAAAUUAUUUACUAAUAAAGAGC